CUCUCUCUCUCCUACUCUCUUUCUUGCAUGUGCACGCUGGCUGGUCUCACACUCCCCAAUCAUCAUCAUCAUCAUCAUCCUCAGUGCUCCUCGGUGCGUCUGCGGGUCCACACCGCAACAGUCCGGUUCACUUCUUGGUCCGUGAUGCUCUCUGCUAGCUGAUGAUAUAACUUGUUACCAUGUCGACGUCAGACUCGGAUUACUCCAUUGACUGGCUCGCCAGCGACGAGGACGACUGCGUCAGCCCCGACAGAUUAAGUCCUCAGCAGGCAGACGCUCCACCUGCCGCUUCGUCAUCAUCAUCAUCAUCUUCAUCAUCAUCAUCAUCAUCGUCGUCGAAAUCAACCACAUCGUUAAGAGAAUCUCCAUCGAGCUGCUUCCUCUCCGCAUCGACUCAGAGGAGGAGGAGGAGGAGUGACUGUAAAGAUGGAGGUUGCUGCGGAGGCGGCGGCGCUGACUCUCCCCCCCGCCGUCGCCGUCGCCAUGGAGACGCCGGCGGCAGUCAGUCCGGUUCAGGGAUUUACCUCCGUUUGUACGCAGCAGCAGCAGCAGCAGACGCUUCGUGUGGACAGGAAGAGAACACGCAGCGCUGCUUUAGACGAACUCUGUGAAAAACGUCAACCAGACACUGAAAAUCAACUGUUCUCG